UCAGAUGUGUAAAUCCCAUAGCCUUGUGCCCUGGGUGUAUGUGUUGCACCUCUUUCCUGGUUAGUUUUGCCUGUGGAGUAAAAGGGUCCUGUUAUACUGAGUGUUGUGUAACUAGCAUCUUGCAGGAACAGACUCAAGCUCAAGAAGGGAAGUUGCUGCUUAUUGAGUAUUUUUUGACUGCAUUUUGGACAAUUGUUGGAGCAGUUUUUGAGGGCAGGCUUUUUUGUGUCGGUGAUGUGAUUGGGAAAAUAACCAGGGGUGGUGCAGGCUCUAAAACUUCUCUUCAUUAAUUUAGUGGCCGUUGGCAUUUGGAGAUAAAUUUUAGAUGCCUCAAUAAGAUAUCCAUUAUAAAACACUCCACCUUGCAGAAACUGAGUUCUGAUUAGUAAAGCUGCAUUAAUUGUUCAUCUGUGUUCUCAUUGUAGAAAUGCUUGAGUUGAGCAUCACACCUCAAGGUGACUGCUUAUGGAAGUGAUGUAUACCUGUGAACUGGGAUUUAAGUUGUUAAAUAAGCCAAGCUGAAUUCAUUAACAUAUUGCAGUUCAGAGGAAGAAAAAACCCCAAACACUUUUCUGUACAUACCCGAUGUGCAUGGCUGGAUCUUAGUGAUGACAUCCCUGCCCCACUUUGUUUCAAAGAUUAAUUUUCCAAAACAGGUCAGGUCUUCCCACAAAACAGAAACGCCCUUGGGGAUGGAAACUACCUGUGCUCUGCGUAUAAGGCCAGUUGCCAGGUGAAGCUGUUGAUUUAUCUUGUGCUAAUUUUCUUUCUGAGCAGGUAUUUCCUUUAGUGUAGUGCUUCCUUUAGGAGCAGACAAACAGGAGAGAGGCUGGUAAUGAAGACUGCGUUGUGAGCAGACGUGUUGUUAGUGUGGAGCCUGACACUUCUGGUCUCUGGCUUCUGCAGCGUUCCAGAAAGCUCACCUGCCUCUGAGUUGUAAUUCGCCUUCCAAGCAUAAUGUGUAUGGGAAGUAGUAGUAGUUUCCAAGUGAAUAGUCAUUUCCAAGAUGAGAACGUUGUAGGAAUAAACUGGUCCUUAGUUUGUUGUGAAAUUUCAUGUUGUUGCCUUACCAGAGUCUCCUUGAUGUCCUCGGGUUUCUGGGCUGCAGUGUUUUCAAAGACACCUUCGAUGGCUUUUGAAGAGAGGAAGACUUCCAGUGACUCAAGUGCAGCCCUGUUCACGAGAUGUUACCACAACAUCUACCUCAGACCUGGCUUUUGCUCACUCGCUCGCUGCAUCCUAGAUCUCCACAGGAGCUCUGCAGACACUCUUGAAAGUCUCUGACCAGCUUGUGACAUCAAGUCAAAGCAUGAUGACCUAAGAGUAGGUCAAAGCCUGAAACGUUGAUUCAGCAGCCCAAGGCAGCACUGCCUUUUUUUAUCAGCAUCACAUCUGAAGGACUCUGCUGGGUUGUCCCUGCUUGCUUCAGAAACGUUCAGCUGACCUUUCCCUGGUGAAAAGAUCUUGACUUUUCUCUCUGGUCCUGGAACUAUUAAUGGAAUACAGUCAUGUCUACCCAGGACGAGAGGCAGAUCAACACGGAGUAUGCUGUAUCCUUGCUGGAGCAGUUGAAGUUCUUUUAUGAACAGCAGCUGCUAACUGACAUAGUGUUGAUUGUUGAGGGCACCGAAUUUCCCUGCCAUAAGAUGGUCCUUGCCACAUGCAGCUCCUAUUUCAGAGCCAUGUUCAUGAGCGGGCUGAGUGAAAGCAAACAAACACACGUACACCUGAGGAACGUGGACGCAGCCACUUUGCAGAUCAUCAUCACCUACGCCUACACGGGGAACUUGGCACUAAGUGACAGCACCGUGGAGCAGCUUUAUGAGACUGCCUGCUUCUUACAGGUAGACGAUGUGUUACAGCGGUGCAGAGAAUACCUAAUCAAGAAAAUCAACGCCGAGAACUGCGUGCGCCUCUUGAGCUUUGCCGACCUCUUCAGCUGCGAAGAGCUGAAGCAGAGUGCUAAAAGAAUGGUGGAGCACAAGUUCACGGCCGUCUACCACCAGGAGGCUUUCAUGCAGCUCUCCCACGACCUACUGAUAGAUAUUUUAAGCAGUGACAAUUUAAACGUGGAGAAGGAGGAGACGGUCCGCGAGGCUGCGAUGCUGUGGCUGGAGUACAACACGGAGUCGCGCUCGCAGUACCUGUCCUCCGUCCUCAGCCAAAUCCGCAUCGAUGCGCUGUCGGAAGUGACCCAGAGAGCCUGGUUUCAAGGGCUGCCACCCAACGACAAGUCAGUGGUGGUGCAAGGACUCUACAAAUCCAUGCCCAAGUUUUUCAAGCCCCGACUAGGUAUGACAAAAGAGGAGAUGAUGAUAUUCAUUGAAGCUGCUGCUGAAAACCCCGGGAGUCUUUAUUCUUCUGUCUGUUACAGCCCCCAGGCAGAAAAGGUUUACAAACUCUGCAACCCUCCUGCUGACUUGCAUAAGGUCGGGACGCUGGUAACACCCGAUAAUGACAUCUACAUAGCAGGUGGGCAAGUCCCCCUGAAAAACACCAAAACUAACCACAGUAAAAGCAGCAAGCUCCAGGCUGCCUUCAGAACUGUGAACUGCUUUUACUGGUUCGACGCCCAGCAGAACACUUGGUUUCCAAAGACGCCCAUGCUGUUUGUUCGUAUCAAGCCAUCCCUGGUCUGCUGCGAGGGCUACAUCUAUGCAAUCGGAGGAGACAGCGUCGGGGGAGAGCUCAACAGGAGAACUGUGGAGAGAUACGACACCGAGAAAGACGAGUGGACCAUGGUCAGCCCCUUGCCUUGCGCCUGGCAGUGGAGCACAGCGGUGGCCGUUCACAACUGCAUCUACGUCAUGGCGCACAACUUGAUGUACUGCUACUUCCCCCGGUCGGAUGCGUGGGUGGAGAUGGCCAUGCGCCAGACGAGCAGGUGCUUCGCUUCGGCCGCUGCCUUCGGUGACAAAAUCUUCUACAUUGGAGGACUGCAUAUUGCCAGCAACUCCGGGAUCAGGCUGCCGAGCAGUACUGUGGAUGGGUCUUCUGUAACUGUGGAGAUCUAUGACGUGAAUAAAAACGAGUGGAGGAUGGCAGCCAACAUCCCUGCCAAGCGCUAUUCUGACCCCUGCGUCAGAGCCGUCGUCAUCUCCAACGCCUUGUGCGUCUUCAUUCGAGAGACCCACAUGAACGAGAGAGCCAAGUAUGCCACCUACCAAUAUGACCUGGAACUGGACCGCUGGUUCCUGAGGCAGCACAUAUCUGAACGUGUGCUGUGGGACCUGGGCAAAGACUUCCGGUGCACUGUAGGAAAGCUGUAUCCAUCCUGCCUCGAAGAGUCCCCAUGGAAACCUCCAACGUAUCUCUUCUCACCAGAUGGAGCUGAUGAAUUUGAGCUGGAUGGGGAGAUGGUUACUUUACCACCUGUAUAGCUCCCAGAUUAGACUGCACAACUGCUUCUGUGCCCAGUUAUGAUGAAAUAAACAGCUGUGAAAGCAGAGGGCUGGAAGCAGCAAGGUCAAACCUGUCUCUCCCCAGUUGUGUUUUUUAUGCCCUACUUGCCGCCAUUCAGUACCAAUCAGUGGAAUGAGCAGCUCUGCUUCCAUAAUCUCAACUACUAUUACCUGAUCAUUGAGAAACAUGUAUGUAUGUCAUGAGCUUAAGCAGCUGCCUCAUCUAAACAAUUUCUAGCUCUAAGGAAUCUUGGUUUGGGCAAAUUAGCUUCAGAAAAUAAAACCCACAACCACAAAAAAAAGUAGUUGCUGUUUCUAGGAUGAUGUCACAGCUCUUUCAAAAGUAUCUUCCAGUUAGAUGUCAGCGACUUCUGGAUUGUCUACUUAAGUGCUAGCUCCGUCGGUGUGGCCGCGUUAAAGGCCUGUGCCGCACUUCCUAAUCCCCACGUUGGUGUAGUAAUGCCAUGAAAAGAAAAAGAAACAAAUCCCAUGGAUCUACCUGUGGUAGGAAGGGUAGAUCUUCCAGUGUAUGGUAACAUGCAGGGCAAACUGACUGCAGGUUCAGUCAAGCUGUACUCUUAGGUGCAUGUGUUCUAUUUUCACUAACUUAUACCUGUCUGGUUAGAAAACAGGUCUUCCAAGCAGCUGGCAGUUUACCAGGUGUGGACUUAAGUUGCUGGGCUUGCAAUAGGAGUUGCCAGCCCUCGUAGUGCGGGUCUCUGUGGAGCUUUCCUCAGCAAAUGCCUCCACGUUCUGUAUUACAGUAACCUUGGCUCAUGUAUAUUCCUUCCUGCUGCUGAUGUAUUUUUCCAUUGUAAAACAGAAGUUCUAGUGUGGAUUAACCAGGUCUUUAUUUUCUGUUAAUUUAACAACAAGCAUUACUGUAGUGUGAUUGUGUAUAGAUAUCCCUUAGCUAUCAGGUUUUUACUUUUGGGGAAGGGGGGUGGGGGAGCAAACUGUUCAGGAAUAUCCUGUGCUGUGUGUGCAGGGGAGCAGAUGACUUAGUGCUGCUCUGGCAUUAAUCCCAGGAACCACUAGCAGUAGCGGGGGCGCCGCCAACCUAACCUAAACACAGGUGCUUCAUGACAAACCUUACUAGCAUGUUCAGCUGCAUCAUGUUCUGGCACUGUAUUUUGAAUGACAUUAAUUUAUUAAAAAAGACUGAAUCUGACACAA